AUGAACCCAAGUCUCGGUUGUAUGCUCUCGUCUUUGCAGAGAAGUGGAACGUGUACCAAUUCUUUGAUUGCGAUUUUGACUAUUUGCGGGCAGCAACUGUUCUCCUCUUACACAUUCAAUUGUCCAUGUCAGGUCGGAAAAAACUUCUAUUAUGGUUCAGCUUUUCUCGUGGUCCCUGCCUUGAUCCUCCUGAUUGCUGGCUACGCUCUAAGAGGUCAAAUGUGGACCACUGUCAGUGAAUACUGCUGCUGCAGCUGUACCCCUCCCUACCGGAGAAGCAGCCCUCUGGAGAGGAGACUGGCUUGUCUGAUGUUCUUCAGCAUCACUGGGAGAGCGCUGGUUGCUCCGCUGACAUGGCUGACAGUGACCCUGAUGACAGGCACCUACUAUGAAUGUGCAGCAAGUGAGUUUGCCUCUGUGGACCGCUACCCCAUGUUUGCUAAUGUCACUGCCAGCAAACGGGAAGAGAUCCUAGCUGGAUUUCCAUGCUACACGUCAGUUCCUUCUGAUAUCAUUCCAGUAAGAGAUGAAGUGGCUCUUCUACACAGAUACCAGUCACAAAUGCUGGGCUGGAUUUUGAUCAUUUUGGCAACCAUUGCUCUUCUGGUCUCCAACUGUCUGGGAAGAUGCUGCUCUCCCCUCACCUCCAUGCAGCAUUACUACUGGACCAACCACCUCCAGAGUGAGAGAGAGCUCUUUGAACAAGCUGCAAAGGAGCACUCCCGACUUCUCAUCAGACAUCGCAUCAAGAAAGUCUUUGGCUUCCUUCCUGGAAGUGAAGACAUCAAACAUAUUCGUAUUCCUUCAUGCCAGGAUUGGAGAGAUAUUUCCAUACCCAAUAUUCUAUGUGUGGGUGACACCUCACAGGGUCCCUAUAGCUUCCUGGGAGACAGGGUGGUUGAGGAAAAUGAAGAAGAGAGACAAGAAGGUAUUGAAAUGAAACCUUGA